GCGAGUUUUGUGCAAUGGUGGAUGAAGAUUGCGGAGGCCGCUUGUGCGCGCCGUCAAGCAACCGACUCUUCUGGGUGUUUCUUCGAUAAGUACGACGGAACCGUUCGCCGCCAGCUGUCUGCAAGCGCGCUUUGUGUUCGUUGUAAGCGUCGUGUUACGAAUUCGCAUGUUCUAUUCCGGUGCCGCUCGGUCGUGCCAUAGUGAUAUCUUCUCGCCGCGCCGUUUUUCGUCCGUUUUGACGCAGGUUUUCACCGUACGAGAGAAGAGAUAGCACACAGAAGAAGGGAAAGCGAGAGAGCCCGGCGUGCAAAACUUUUGACCGCGAAUCGACACGCCGAUUAUUCUUGAACGACUCGAUUUAAAGACUCGAAAUAUCGACGAAAGUGAACUUGAUCGCGAUAUGAACGGAUCGCGUCACAACGACGGCAACAAUCGCGUAUCCGCCCGGGCCGCGGCGUGUUGCUGAGCGGCCGCUCUAGCAUUCACGCAAUCAGUGCCGUAAACACCGCGCACAUAAAUACAGGCACACAUACACACUCACGCUUAGGCACGUACAGUGCGCGUCGUCUCUCUGUGUACGUGUUGCGCGCCGCGAAGGCAUACACUGUUCUCGAAGCGGCGGAUCUCAGCACCCGGAGUUUCGGUUCGAUCGCAGUUUUUACAGAGUGCAAGUAACGCAUCGGAAACGCACUUGUUGUUAUCACACAACUGAAUGUAGAACGUCGCGAUACGGUGGUUUUGAAGGAAUCUAGUACUCGCGGACGGAGACCUGCUGCGUUUUAUCUCGGGUUCUAGAGAGGUUAGAUUUCGCGACGUUAGGUCUCGAGAGUCGCGUAUCUCGAGAGUGCUGAGAAAGUGAGUUCGAACGUAAGUGCGGCCUUUUACGUUUAUUAUUGCCGUUGCCGAGCAUCGUCAACGGUCGUCGCGGAAGGACGAACGUAGAUCGCGGUUUUCUGUGAUAAAAGAGGACGCCCGCUGUAAUCCGUCGAGCGUCGCGAUCGCGCCGCUCUAGGGGUAAGUUGUCGGUGGUGUUGGUGGCGGUGGUGGUGGACGGUCGCGCGGGUAUGAAAAAAUGAUGUGAUCGACGGUCAUCAUGGCGGCACCCAUGCUAAAGUGGAAGCGGAUCGCAAAUCCGACCGGGCCCCAGCCAAGACCCAGACAUGGCCACCGGGCGGUCGCAAUUAAGGACCUCAUGGUCGUUUUCGGCGGCGGCAACGAAGGGAUCGUCGACGAAUUACAUGUGUACAACACGGCGACAAACCAAUGGUUUGUGCCGUCCACGAAGGGAGACAUACCUCCGGGCUGUGCGGCAUACGGCUUUGUAGUCGAUGGCACGCGUAUUUUGGUGUUUGGCGGGAUGGUGGAGUAUGGCAAAUACUCUAACGAAUUGUAUGAACUUCAAGCAAGUCGAUGGGAGUGGAAGCGAUUGAAGCCAAAGCCGCCUAAGCAUGAGCCGCCGCCGUGCCCGCGAUUGGGGCACAGUUUCACCCUCAUUGGAAACAGGGUCUUCCUUUUCGGAGGUCUGGCUAACGACAGCGAUGAUCCGAAAAACAAUAUACCGAGAUAUUUGAACGACCUCUACACACUCGACCUUCUUCCUAACGGUCAAACGGCCUGGGACGUGCCACAGACGCAUGGACACGCGCCACCCCCCAGAGAAUCCCACACCGGGGUAGCGUAUACCGAUCGUACCACGGGAAAAUCGUGUUUGGUGAUUUAUGGUGGUAUGAGCGGUUGCCGUUUGGGCGACUUGUGGUUCCUCGAUGUUGAUUCAAUGACCUGGAACAAACCAAUAGUUCACGGACCCACUCCUUUACCUAGAUCACUCCAUACCGCCACUUUAAUUGGCCAUCGAAUGUACGUCUUCGGGGGGUGGGUGCCACUGGUCGUCGACGAUGUUAAAGUUGCGACGCACGAGAAAGAAUGGAAAUGUACGAGCACAUUAGCAUGCUUGAACUUAGAAACACUUACCUGGGAACAAUUGACCGUUGAUUCUUUAGAAGAAAACGUUCCUCGUGCUCGUGCUGGCCAUUGUGCAGUUGGUGUGCACAGUAGACUUUAUGUAUGGUCUGGAAGAGACGGUUAUCGUAAAGCUUGGAACAAUCAGGUGUGCUGCAAAGAUCUGUGGUAUCUCGAGGUCUGCAAGCCGGCCGCGCCUUCCAGAGUUCAGUUGGUUAGGGCUUCCACGCAAACGUUGGAAGUUAGCUGGACAGCGAGCCCGUCCGCUCAUUAUUACAUCCUUCAAAUACAAAAGUACGAUAUGCCACCGGCAGCGGCGACCGGCACUUUUCCACCGGUGAGCGCUCCGUUGCCGAUCGCGCCGGUCAUCAGCAGCACUCCCGCGGCAGUGACGACUCCCGCAUUGGCGACGACUCCCGCGACCGUGCCGAUCACAUCUCCGCCUGUGACUACCGUUGCUUCGCUUUCUCCAAGCACGCCACCCACCGCCGCCGCCGUUAGAGUAUCCGUAGCAGCGGUAGCGGCGGCGUCUCCGUUACGAGUUCAAUCGACGGUGCAGAGCCCCGUGCAGAAAGUGGUGUCGUCGCAAGCGGUGCAAAAGCCGACGAGUCCGAUGACGCCGAGAGUCGCGACCGGCAACGUCAUUCGAAUUCGUUCUCCCCUAGUGACUUCUUCGGCGGCGGCGGCGGUGACGGCGGUGGCGGUGGUCACCACUGAACAGCAGCAGACCACCGCGACCGCGACGACAACUGUAGCGUCGGGCCAGACGCCCGCCGCCAUGUCCGGCAUUGCCGCGCUGGCUGCGGCGGCGGCGGCCACCCCGAAGAUCACCAUGAACAACGUCCCUAUCCUGCCGCAGGCCGCGGCUGCAGCUGCCACCGCGACCACGACCAACACCAUCAGGAUGAAGAACGUGCAGCCGGGCCAGCAGAUACGCUUCACCGCGCCUGGCGCCACGGUGCUGCGCACCGCUUCGCCGCAACAGAGCAAGCAGAUCAUAUUGCAGAAGCCUGCCCAGAAUAUAUCCGGCCAGCCGCAGAUCGUGCACCUCCUGAAGACCGGACAGGGAAUGAUGGCCACUGUGCCGAAGGUGAGCCUGAUUCCCGGCAAAACUGUCCAGACGGCCGGCGCGAAGCCCCUCAAUCAGGGACCGACAAUAUUGCGAUUGGUGAAUCCCAACGCGGUGGCGGGAUCGAAAAUUUUGACGACCAUGAAGACAUCCGGUUUAGUGUCGAUGAGCAAGGGACAAAACAUCACGGGCAAACAGACCAUCAUGAUCACGAAGCCCGGAGGCAAUGGUGGAUUGGUUGGCAGACCCAAUCAGAUCAUCGUUGUCACCACUGGCUCGGGUCUGAGGGCUGUGCAGGCGAUGACGACCUCCCAGGCUGGCGCGGGGCAAGGAACCAACAUCACCACUCCCGUAAACGUGUUACCGUUGUCAGCCACCAAUCACGUGACGAAUCAGCAAGGCGUCAAGAUGAUAGUCGUCUCUUCGGGCGCAAUGGGCGGCGGAACUGCCGGCAAGCCCAUAACCAUCACGGUCCCGGGACAAGGCGGUGUACCAAAGACAGUGACUAUCGCCACCAAGGGCAGUCCACAAGCGAUCUUCAAUCCAGGCAAGAGCCAAAUCGUCACCAUGCCGCAGAUACAAAAAGCUCCAGAAGCGGUAACAGUUUCUGGAAAGCCGGUUACUCUGCAAAUGUCUGGAGGCAUCGGUGCGAAGACGGUUACGCUCAUGCCGACAAGUAGUUCCAUAGUGACUACUUCGAGCACGUCCGAUUCAAUAGAUACAAGUAAAAUGCUCUUAGUCUCCUCGCAGAAACAACCCUCAGCAACUUUAGGUGAUAUUUCAGCAUCUACAUCUGAUGGUCCUGCUACUACUGACGCGGCGCUAGCAGCUUUGGCAGCAGAAGCAGGUCUUAUCGAUCCGGUUCAGGAACCAUCAGGUGGUUUAUCGUUCAUGGUGGCUACGGACGACGGUGCUGGCGGAGAUGAUAAGAUAGAUGACAGCUGUAACGGCAACGAGGCGACUACGGCGGCCGCGUUAGUUUCUCAAAUGGGCGCGGGCGAGCCGAUGCAAGUCGACGGCGACGGAAACUUCGUGCUUCCGCAAGUGGACGGGCCGAUGGACGAUCUCUUAUCGGACGACGAGGAGAAAAUGGAUCUGACCGAGGAACCCGCUUCGGAAAAUGCUGCCGAGUCAGCCGAGGAGUCGGCAGCGGCCGCUCAAGACGUCGAUGCGGCCGAAAACGUUCACUCGGAAGAAUCUGCCUUAAAGGAGGACCAACCUGCGUCCGAAGAUCUUCCCGAAGCGAUCGCCGCCGCGGCUGCCACUGACGAGGUUUCUGAGGAAACGGAAGGUGCUGCUGACAAUCAACCAGUUGAUGAUGUACCUAUGGAAACUAGCGUUGACGACGCGGAACUGUCGGGUGACAAGGAUUUGAAGGAUCUCGAUUCGUUAGCCGAAGUUAAAUCCGUAAAUUCUGACUUGCCCUUAGCACAAUCAUCCGCGGAGGCUCCAUCCGAACAGACGGCUCUAACGGAUGUUGCAAAUUCGGCUGCGGAAACCGACGGCGCUGAACAGGACGAAAGCAGUCAGGCGACGACCAUGAAGAUCGAAUCGUAUCUUGCCAAGAGUGAAAAAUCGCCAGUGCCUGAUAAUCUGCCUACCGAUGAUGUGGAUGUGGACAUGUCGCAUCAAGAUGAAACUCAGGAAGCUGAAAAGAUUAAGGACGAACCGGAGCUGGAGGCCAAUUUCUCGGCCGAGAGUUCGCUUGUGAAAGAAGAAGACCUCAACGAGCCAAUGCUCGCCGAUGUAGGCGCGUUGACUCCGACAGACGCGGUUAAUGCAACGCCAGUAACAACGGCAACAACAGCAUCCGUUGCUACACCGAGUGUACAAAUGAAACUGGAGCCGACCGAUGAGUCUAUGGAACAAGAUAGAUUAUCUGAUUUACCAAUUUCAUCGAUAAACGGUGUUGCUGCUCCUCUCGAGAAGGAAACUGAGAGUGUACAGAAAACACACACUUCCAUGAAGAUAGAGAUGAAAGACGAAAUAAUUGCUGUUCCAAAGAGGGAAAGUCUGAAACAGGAAAAGAUUAAUGAUACCAGGUCAGAAACGGCUAGAGACGACUCGACAGAUUUAACGACAUUAGCUACCGCUGCUUUGGGAUCGGCAGAAUCACCCGUGAAAAUUAAGAACGAACAGAGCGAGGAGGAGAAGAAAGAGGCGGAGUGGUAUGAUGUUGCAGUGAUAAAAGGAACUAAUUUCACAGUUCAAAAUUAUUAUCUUCCCGGCGACGAACCGUUAGAUAUAACGCAAUCGUCUUUGACAAUGGAUGUUUUCACAGGAAGAGCUAAAGUGGCGUUAGAGCCCGGAACUGCUUACAAGUUCAGAGUCGCUGCUAUCAAUAGUUGUGGACGAAGUGCCUGGAGUGAGGUAGCGGCAUUCAAGACGUGUCUUCCGGGCUUCCCAGGUGCACCCAGCGCUAUUAAGAUAUCGAAAUCCGCGGAUGGCGCGCAAAUAUCUUGGGAACCGCCGCCCAGCAACGUCGGGCCCAUCCUCGAGUAUUCCGUUUAUCUGGCAGUGCGAAGUACUGCGUUAAACAAUGACGGAGAACCAAAAACAGUCGUGUCGAAUCCAAAUCAGUUAGCCUUUAUUAGAGUUUAUUGCGGUUCGAGUAAUUCAUGUUCGGUGAACAAUAGUGCCCUUAACGCCGCUCACGUGGACACCACUACAAAACCGGCCAUAAUCUUUAGAAUAGCAGCGCGAAACGACAAGGGAUACGGACCAGCCACUCAAGUCAGGUGGUUGCAAGAUCCAACCACCGCUGUGAAAAGUAAUCCGCAAGUGAAGAGACCCGCCGGAGACCUGCGCUCGCAAGCGAGUUCUCCGCAGAAGAAGAUGAAACUGGAAGCGACCAGUGAUAAUUUCUCGUGAGCCUGUUCUCCCCCUGGCCUCGUGCAGCCGAGACUCCCAUAAACCACGUUAUUCAUUAAUUUAAUUUCCACACGCCUAACAACGAUAAUGAAAUCAAUGUAUUAUCAAGUGAAUUACGUGAUAUACGAGUAAACGAGAGAAAUGAAUGUGCGAUAAAGGACGACGAGAGAGAGAGAGAAAGAGAGCGAGAGAGAGAGAGAGAGAAAAGUAGAGGAAGGAAUAGAUAAAUUCUGUCUAAAUAUAAGGUAUGAAAAAGAAAAGUAUUUUUCGUGUUCCACAUGAACGCAAACGUCCUUCUGUACACCGCGUUUCUUACUCGUCUUCAUCUUUCUAUUUUUUCGCGAGUUAUAUACGCGAGAAUUCUUCUGUAAAGACAACAUGAGUACCGUUAAUAAAUGGCGAGGUGGUUAUUAUUUUGGAGUUAAGUAAGUUUUUCCAUGUUUAUAGCGUUUUCUAACGGACGGUACGACAUAUCGCAUCCUAAUGCUCACAUAUUUGCAUCACGUUAAAACAAAAAAAAAGAAAAAAACAAUCAACGUAUCGCACGCUCGCGCAGUUUUAUGAUUUUCUCGUUAUGUGGCAACCGCAAGUUCAACAUGAAUGACACAAGUCGGACAGCAUUCUCAUUCAUUACGUCGCGUAUUUGUUUAAAACAAUUAUAUAUAUAUAUAUAUUCAACAAGUAUAUAUUUUAAACAUCUAAAUUCUUUAUAAUAUAUUUAUCAUUGGAGAGCAUAUGCGGUUCUUUUUACAUUCUACUAUUAUAUGCAGAAAGAGCUCGCUUUUGAGAUGUAGCUAUUUAGUGUAUAUAAAAAAAACUCACCGAGAGAAAUGUGUUUAUCAUAUAAACUAAGGACAAUGAAAUAAAUACUUUUUGAUAAGGUAGAAUAAUUGGAAGAUACAUAUAUUGACCUUGAUUAUUAGUCUCCUAUUUCAAUCUGCUCGUUUUCACGUUCAGUUUUCACGCAGAUAACGGAAGUUUUGCAUUGUCAUCGAUCCAGUUUUACACGCGACAACCGGUGCUACAUAUUAUUCCAGAUACUUUUGUUACUGCCAAACGCGACGGGAUGGUGUUACGAUACGAGAAAAAGCAGCACGCAAUACAAAAAAUUGUUCAUUAAAAUUAUAUAACGCUAAGUUAAUUUGUAUGCUUUUGUCAAACAAUUGCAACGAUGCAGAAAUAUUUUGUAUAAAAAUGAUAUAGAUUAAAUGAAUUAUUAUAUGUAAUUAAUGAAUGUCUUUAAGGAUCGGGCUCUAGGAUGAUUAUUGAUAUUUUAGCGGAUAAAAAGGAAACUCCAAGGAAAGUUAAGGAUAUUUUUAGACACCAACGAAACAAUUUGUUUGAGCGCUGAUGUAUCGGAACGGUAGACUGUAUGUCUUAAAAUGUAAAAUUCUAAUUCUCUUUUAUUGUGCUAAGACGAAUAGCGCGAACCGGAAGAUUAAUACACGAAAGAAAGGUAAGAUAGAAGCGUACGUCAUCGCAUUAAAAGGGGGUAGGGGGGCUCAUGUAAUAUCCCUAACUUUUUUUGAGCGUAAUAUAUUUUAAUCAAAAUACUGAAUAAGCUUUUAAAAAAAUCGAGGAGUUAUUUACAGAAACUGUCGGCGGUCUCGUUUCAGUCGAUUUUCAAGGCUAUGUUGAAGCUGCAAUAAUUAAAAAGCACAUGUUUUACUUUAGAUUGUACAUAUAUAUAUAAUAUAUAUUAUAUAUAUAUGUAUGCUUUCGGUUAUCCAUUUUGUAGCUUAAGCAAGAUAGAACACCGUUUACUAACAUAGCGUUCCAAACGCUUAAUCUGUUAUAUUGAAGUUUUGCGUUAAUAAAGUUAACUUCAUUAGGAAACCUAUAUGUUAUAAAAGAUUAUCUCAUCAACGAGAGAAAGAGAGAGAGAGAGAGUGAGAGAGAGAGAGAUUGCUCGAGUACUAAUGGACUUUGUAUUAAGUACAUGUACAAUUGCAAUUGUUUACCUUUUAAAUGGGUUCAUACCCAAAAUCUUAGAAGCAUUUCCUGGGAAUACAAACGAUGAAUACGUAUAUAUAUACAUAUAUAUAUAUACACAUGUAUAUAUACAUAUAUAUAUAUAUAUAUACGAUGUAUAAUGUAAAUGGGAUAACUAAAUGGUAUAUACUUUGAAAUGUAUUGUUUUAAUCUUGUUUUUCUGGCUGAUCCUUUAAUAUUUAAGGAAAAAAAGGAGAAGAAAAAAGAAAAACACGUGUGGCUCUGUAUUACUACUAAUUAAUAAGGAGUUAUCAGCUGUUUGAUUUUGUUUGUAUAUUUUGUUGACAGGAGAUGACACUAAUCUGUACAAGUUGUGCAUAAAAAUCUCUUGAAAUUGUCACUACCACGCGUCUCACCGGUAUCCCUUUGUUUGUAAAUCGCCUAUUACCACUGCAUUUAUACUCUUCAUGCAAAAACAUAAGUAUAUCGUGCAAAUAAAUAUAGUUAAAUUUCUUAUACAA